GGAGCUGAACCAAUCGUUUUGCUCGUUGUUGAGAGGUGCUCGAAUUUCUCCGAGGUUCUGACCCUCUCGUCAACAUGUCAUCAUCGGAGGCUAAUAAUGGCCCGAGCCAAGCGCCACCUUAUCCAGGUGUACCGCCCUCAGGGAUACCUCCCCCAUUUAUGGGACCACCAGGAAUACCCCCUCACUUUCCUCCCAUUGGAAUGCCUCCUAUGGGACAACGACCUCCCAGCAUGACACCUAUGCCCCCUGGCAUAAUUCCCCCUGGCAUAAUGCCACCAAUGGGGGCACCGCCAAUGGGACAGAUGCCAGGCAUGAUGCCACCUAUGAUGCCAGGAAUGAUGAUGCCCCCUCGCAUGCCAGCUGCGGCUGUACAGCCAACAGGACCGCCUGGCGUUGACUCUACAGCUGCUGCACCAGGAACAUCUAGUACCACUAAUGGAUCCCCACAGGAAGAACAGCCGAAGAAGAAGUCCCUGUGGACAGAACACAAAUCACUGGAUGGGAAGACCUAUUAUUACAAUACAGAGACAAAGCAGUCGACAUGGGAGAAACCGGAUGAGCUCAAAUCUCCUGCAGAGCAAAUGCUGUCUAAAUGCCCUUGGAAGGAGUACAAGUCAGACACAGGGAAGCCUUAUUAUUACAACUCUCAGACAAAGGAGUCCAGAUGGACCAAACCCAAAGAGCUGGAGGAUCUGGAAGCUAUGAUCAAAGCAGAGGAGAAUGGAACGGCAGAGGCAGCAGCCCCUGGAACCACAGCAGCUCCUACAGUGCAAGCGGAUAAUAUAGCCACUAUGGCGACCGUAAUGGAGGUGGAAACUGCAACAGCAGCCUCAGAGGAGCACCUGUCCCAGGCGGCCGUGCAUCUCACAGCUGAGGCCAAGAUCGCUGAAGCACCUGUGGCUUCCUCUGAGAGUUCAGCCGCCACAGAGACCCCAGCCAGUAUUGAAGUCCCCAAGGAAGAACGGCCAGAAAUGCAAAAGAAAACUUACAAAUGGAACACAAAAGAGGAGGCCAAGCAGGCCUUCAAAGAGCUGCUGAAGGAGAAGGGUGUGUCCUCAAACUCCUCAUGGGAACAGGCCAUGAAAAUGAUAAUCAAUGAUCCUCGCUACAGUGCACUUCCCAAACUGAGCGAAAAGAAGCAGGCGUUCAAUGCCUACAAAGUCCAAACAGAGAAGGAAGAAAAGGAGGAGGCCAGAAUUAAAUACAAGGAGUCCAAAGAGACUUUCCAGAGGUUCUUGGAGAACCAUGACAAGAUGACAUCUACUACCAGAUACAAGAAAGCGGAACAGAUGUUUGCUGAACUUGAAGUGUGGAGUUGUGUUCCUGAGAGAGACAGGUUGGAGAUCUAUGAAGAUGUGUUGUUCUACCUCGCAAAAAAAGAGAAGGAGCAAGCCAAGCAGCUUAGAAAGAGGAACUGGGAAGCUCUGAAGAACAUUCUAGACAACAUGGCCAACGUCACAUACCGGACCACCUGGUCUGAGGCCCAGCAGUAUCUACUAGACAACCCGACCUUUGCAGAGGAUGAGGAGCUGCAGAAUAUGGAUAAAGAAGAUGCCCUUAUUUGUUUUGAGGAGCACAUUCGGGCACUGGAGAAGGAAGAGGAGGAAGAGAAACAAAAGACUCUUCUAAGGGAAAGACGACGACAGCGCAAGAACAGAGAGGCCUUCCAGAAAUUCCUGGACGAGCUCCACGACCACGGCCAGCUUCACUCCAUGUCUGCCUGGAUGGAGAUGUACCCGACCCUGAGCUCAGACAUCCGCUUUGCCAACAUGCUGGGCCAGCCGGGUUCUACUCCUUUGGACCUGUUCAAAUUCUAUGUGGAAGACCUCAAAGCCCGCUACCACGAUGAAAAAAGGAUAAUCAAAGAUAUUCUUAAGGACAAAGGAUUCCUGGUUGAAGUCAACACCAGUUUUGAUGACUUUGGAUCAGUUAUCAGCUCAGACAAGAGAGCCACCACGCUGGAUGCAGGAAACAUCAAGCUGGCCUUCAACAGUUUACUGGAGAAGGCUGAGGCCAGAGAGAGAGAACGAGAGAAAGAGGAGGCCAGGAAGAUGAAGAGAAAAGAAGCGGCCUUUAAGAACAUGCUGAAGCAGGCCACACCACCACUGGAGCCAGAGGCUACAUGGGAGGGAGUCAGAGAGAGAUUCUUGAAAGAAUCUGCCUUUGAAGACGUGACUCUGGAGUCAGAGAGGAAAAGAAUAUUCAAAGACUUCAUGCAUGUCUUGGAGCAUGAAUGUCAACAUCAUCACUCUAAGACAAAGAAGCACUCGAAGAAGUCCAAGAAGCACCACAGGAAACGAUCCCGCUCUCGAUCAGGCUCAGAGUCUGAGGACGAUGAAUAUCACAAGAAGAAAAAGAGGUCACAGUCCAAAUCCCCCUCAGAACGCUCAUCCAGUGGAGAAUCUGAGAGAAGCUAUAAAAAAUCCAAGAAGCACAAGAAGAAGGCCAAGAAGAGACGCCACAAGUCUGCAUCGCCAGAUUCUGACAGUGAGAAGAAAGGAAGAGAGCGCGAUGGAAAGCGCGAGAAGGACAUAGAGAAGGAUAAAGAGAACGACAAGUCUCGGGGGAAAUCUCGUUCUGACUCUAAACAGAAAUCUCCUAAAAGGAAAGCAGCUAAAGAGGAGGGUGGCUGGGAUACUUCAGGCAGUGAGCUGAGUGAAGGAGAGCUGGAGAAAAGGAGAAGAACUUUACUGGAACAGCUUGAUGCGCCUUGAUAACACUUCUGCUACGGUUGUCUUGUAUUUGUACACUUCUACAAACAUGCAUUCCCCUCCAGGCUCGUCUGACCGCUCAUCACACCGCCUGCCCACGAUGGACUGUGAGAAAACAACUCUGACUGGUAUUUAUGGGAAUGUGCUACACUGAGCUGAUUUUGUGACUAAUUGGAUAUCAGGAAAUUGAUCAGCGGGUCAACUGUUUAAUGUCGAAUUGUCUUUUGUUAGCUUCAAGUAUUUUCUUUAGUUGGCUGUAGUUGUACAUGUUUUCCAUUGCCAAUGAUUUUUAUAUUCAAUUAAAAGCAUAUCCUAAUGUC